GAGUGUGUUAAUACCAUUCUCAGUAAUUCGUAUUAUAUUGUUCUGUAAUUGAUUAUCUGUUUGUGUCAUGUCCAAGGACCUGAGAGACGAUAGCGAGGAAGCGACAGAGAUUACGGCGAGUUUAAAUGCGCUGCACAUACAAAAAAGACAGGAUUAUUUGCAAUGGGAUGAUUACUUUAUGGCCACAGCCAUACUUUCAUCAAAACGUAGCAAGGACCCAUCCACUCAGGUUGGCGCAUGCAUUGUGGAUAAGCACAAGCGUAUUGUAGCAAUUGGCUACAAUGGUUUUCCGAGGAACUGUAGCGACGAUGUGUUUCCCUGGUCAAAGGACAGCGACAGUGAUUCUAUAGAAAAUAAAAAUAUGUAUGUUGUUCACGCUGAAGCUAACGCUAUACUCAAUGGCAAUGGUGCCAGUCUAGAUGGCACUCGCCUCUACACAACCCUAUUUCCCUGCAAUGAGUGCACAAAAUUAAUUAUUCAAUCGGGCAUUCGGAACAUUUUGUACAUAUCCGACAAGUAUUCGGACAAGCCCACUUAUCGAGCCUCUAAACGCAUGCUCAACGCUGUUGGCAUCAUUUACCAGCAACAUGUGCCGACGCAAAGGCAAAUUGUUAUCAACUUUGACGACUUUACUCAGCAACAACCCAAAUGAAAUUAAUUUUAAUGAGCGUGCUGAAUCUAUUUUGCACUCCCUUCUUCAAAUAUUUCAAUACCUUUCAACUUAUUUUAACUGUUUUGAAUAAAUAAAUGUUUAGUAAAACUAAUAAGAAUUGAAUACAAUGCACAUA